GUCGAUGAAAGACGUAUGUACCUUGACAUCUGUCUGAUUGACAGUGGGGCAACAUGUUUUUUUUUGAUUAUCGACAUUUGUUUUGAUUCGGUAACAAUACCUACACGAAGCAUCCACAUGUCAUCGGUUCGUGAACGAUCGGAAAAGGUGUUGGAGGAUUUGAAGGAGAAAAAUCCUUAUUUUGAAAAAUAUGCCAGCAAAAUAGCGGCCGUGCAGCAAAGCUCGCCGGAGGAAUUUCUUUCACGGCUCGAUAGUGUAGAGAAGGAACAGAAAAAGCCCAAAUUUGGCCCCUCCGAGUUGGAACGCGAUUACUCGGAACUUCUAAAACCAAAAGCACCACUAGCUUCCGAAGCAACGAGAGACAUUUCGCAUCGCAAGCUUAGCGAUAUAAUGCGUCUGGAACUGGUCGAAGAUAAAUCUGCCGAUGAUAUCAAGCAUUUGUGGUUGGAGUAUCAUAAGGACAAGGCUGUCAUAACGGCUGCAAUUCCAGUAGAUCAGUUCAAUCUAAUGAUGGCACGCGCUAAACAAUUUUCUGUGUUUAUCCUUCCAAUACCACGAAGCCAAGGGUACGAGUUUAUAAUGCUGCAAUUUUCGGCAAAUACAGUACACUUUACGCCGCUGUUGAAUUACCAGGUUCACAAAGAAAACGCGCCGGAAUGUUUAAACAUUGUUAUGUUCACCGAAUGUUCUGACAAAGGAAUCAUACUAAUGCGGGGAGAGUAUGACACGAACGUACUCAAUGCACAGGAAGCGCAAUGUUUGGCCAAUCAAGUACAACUAUACUAUAGCCAGAACAAUGAAUCGAAAGUACACCUGCUUGAGACGUUCACCAAAAACCCGGACAAAUUCAAGCACAUGGAUAUCAUUGAGGAACUAAACAAUUUGAAAAUUUGAACCGCCUAGCAAUAAAUGCUCUUUAGUGCGCAACGUGGCAUUCAAAAUAAAGCUUCCCGAAAAUCCUGUAUAAUUGACGCCAUCAUCAAAUCUUGCGAUAAAUACAGAGGAGUAUUUGCAAAAUCUGUGUUUGCAAUAAUCGAA